GCUUUGAAACUUUGUGUUUGUCAGCCCAGCAUUUGCAAUCACCCACCAACGCCAUCGGAACGCGGAACUGAGCUUCGGAAUCACAGGCACCACAUUAGCAACCCCUGACGAAGCAACUACACAGCCUGCACUUGAUCCACACCUAAGCACGGGACACACGCGACCACCACACCCCACAUUACGACCAUCCAUCACGCGGCCCCACAUCCUCACCAAUACAACGCAAGCAUACGCCAACAGGCAAACAAAGUUUUUUGUACAUUUUCAGCAUUCUGCUUGAGUCACUUUCACACAUCCGCACAAAUGGCUUUCUCAACACGAGCUCUACACCAAAUUAGGCGGUACUCAACUACGCUGCCGCGCGACCCGCAUUACAGACUCAAAGCAACACUCGCGACGGGAUAUGUAGUAUCAGCACUUGCGCUGCCGUUUGUACCACCGCUGCUGGAGACUCGGAGGGCGAAGGCAGAUGGAAGCUACUUGACUAGGGAAAAUGCGUAUUGCACUUCACAUUAUCUGGGAUGCGCGAGAUGAGGAUGUAUUCUCGAGACUACAUUAUAUUCACGAAAUCUGUCUUGCGUUGGAGUCCGUGCCAUCAUGAAUGUCACAUCAGAAUCAUAAUGGGAUCUGGAGUUUAGGAUGCACUGCAGGCGUUGGAAUGGUCCCAUAGGGAAUGCUUUUAACUUUACAUUUCUUUUUUUCGAAAUUUACUCUCUAAAUUCCUGGUACUUCGAGCUACGCAAUGCAAGUACCGGCACGUUAAUAGUCAGCUACUGAAAUUACGAGCGUCGAACAUCUGAGCAU